AUGACGACGCCGGACGCCGUUGGCGCCGCUGCCGCACGAGAUGUAUCAUCCCCGCGGCGCAGCUCUGUCGCAUCCCCCUUGACGGUAUCGACCACAGAGCACGUGGCGGAGCUCACCGCCCCCGAGAACGGCCAGGAUGCGGAGGAGGUGCACAGCUGCAUAACAUUGUCCUCCACGGCAACUUCCCCAGCAAUGUCUCCUCUGACAGCAACUGCGCCGCGACUUCCACAGCAGCAGCGAGUGCUCCUGUCGUCGUCCAGCAACGACCGCCAAUACACGUCGCCGGCAACGGUACCGCCUACGGAGGAGGCCGCGCAGCUCCUCUCCUAUAGCAGCUCUUUCCCCAGCAUCAUCACGGUGUUCACCCCGCCUGCUAUGACGGGAGAGACCGCCGCCCACGCGCCGCUUUCCAUGAGUCCGGCACCGGCGAAACCGCCCGCCGGGCCCUCGGCCGCGACGGCGACAGCCAUGAUGACGUGCCACGCCAGAGCGUUGAGCGACGCCGAAACGGAAGACGUGAGGCACAAAGCUCGUGCCCAGCCCUACAUGCUGCUCGACUCGGACUGCAGUGGUAGAUCCACCGACCCUUCUACCGGCACUCCGGUGGCGUCAACAGAAAACGAGCACCAGCGCCGCUCAUUCCACGCGACAGAGACACGCGCACCGCCACCGGACAGCACGUCCUGCGACGUUGAGGACGCCGAAGAUGCGGCGCCAGCAGCUCCGUCAGCCACCAUCGCGCCAGCGGCGGCGGAACGGGCCCUAUCGAGUGAGCAGCGCUACGCCUUCCACAUGGCAGUAAAGGAGCACCGGAGCGUGUUUAUCACUGGCGGCGCUGGCACCGGCAAGUCGCACCUGCUGCGCACCAUCGUUCGCGCCUUACCCGCCUCGUGCACCUUCGUCACCGCGACGACAGGCAUUGCCGCUCUCAACCUCAGCGGCUCGACGCUGCACAGCUUCGUCGGCUGCGGCAUCCCCAGUCGAAGUAGUAAGGGCGACAGCCUGCUAAGCAUCGUUCUCAGCAAGCAGCGCUGCGUGCGCAACUGGCGCACUUGCCGCGUACUGGUCAUCGAUGAGGUGUCUAUGCUCGAGCCAAGUUUCUUCGACCUGGUUGACUACAUUGCUCGGCACGUGCGCAACCGCCCGCACGAGCCGUUCGGCGGCAUCCAGCUCAUCCUCUCAGGCGACUUCCUCCAGCUUCCACCGGUAUCGCGCGAACGGCGUGGCAGCAGCCCGCAGUUCUGCUUCGAGACGGAGGCGUGGUGGAGGGUGAACCCGAGGAUAUGCCUGCUCUCAACGCCGUUCCGCCAACGCAACCUGCGCUUCUUUGCCAUCUUGAGCGAGAUGCGCUUCGGCGAGUUGAAGCCGGAGUCCGUCGAGCUGCUCUACUCGAUGGACACGACGGAGCGGGUGCACUUUGUGCGGCGCACAGACGUCGCUACAGGUGUGAAGGUGGAGGACGACCAUGGGCCACCGGAGGUGGUGCGAGUGGGCCUCAAGCGCGAGGCGGACGUGAGCGCCGAGGCUGCAGUACGCAGCGCAGCGGCCUGCAGGACGGAGAUGUCGGCUACGAGUACGCGACAGACACGGCUUGAGCUCGUCAACGGCCUCGGGCGCGCCAUUGAUGCCCCGUUUGAUGGCUACACAAUCCUUCGCUCCACCCGCGCCGAGGUGGACGCGGAAAACGAGAGGUACCACCGCCAGCUCAACACCGAGAUGUUCACGUACCGCGGCUUCCACACGGGCAAGGGCGGCUUUCCGGAUACCACACUGACAAGGAUUGUGCACCUGCGCAAAGGCGGCCGUGUUAUGCUCAUCAAAAACUUCGACCCUCGGCUAGGGCUCGUCAAUGGCAGCACCGGCACGAUCACCGACUUCGUGAGCUUCGCCACAGGCUACCUCUUCAAGACGCAGGGCGUCAGCGCCGACGACGCACGAUCCAUCUGCGUGGGGCGAGGCAAGAUGAUGGACCAAAGGCACACAAUGCUGCCGGUUGUAGCCUUCGACCUGCGCUGCGCUGAUGGCACCGUGACCACACGUGAGCUCGUUGUGGAGCCGCAGGAGUGGAGGGAGAUGCUUGGGUCGCGCGAGGUGUCACGCUCUGUGCAGAUCCCGCUCAUCCUCGCCUACGCCAUCACUAUCCACAAGUCGCAAGGGAUGUCGCUGACGCAGGUGGACAUCGACUUCAAGAAGGUAUUUGAGUCUGGCCAGUCGUACGUGGCGCUGUCGCGGUGCACUGACAUGGAGAGCGUGCGACUGCACGGAUUCGAUGCCCAUCGCGUCAGCGUAAACGCCACUGCUCUCACGUACUACAAGGCACUGGCUCUGCAGCAACAGCGGGUGCGCUGGCGUCGCGCUCAUGUACCGCAGAUGGUGGCGGCCGAGGAGGCCAUGGAGGCGUUCAGCUGCACACCGUAUGGGUACGUGCUUCUCAACGAGGCCAAGACGCUGGCGCGACACGGGAGGGAGGAUCGCACGAGCGGGUUCAGCUCCAGUUUCGAUACGUUCUCCUCCACCUCCACGUCGUCCAGCCGCUCCUCGGCAUCCGACGAGGACUGCCUCAAACCGGAGGACUUCGACGACGAGAACUCGACCGCCAUGAAGGCGGUGCGCAAAGAGCGGCGCGACGGCGGCGGCGAAGGACGCACGCAGAGGAGACGCAAAAUGCACCACCGGCCCCGAGACGGCCCCGCACGGGCGGAUGAUCAGAGCGUGGGACCCGCUCGCGCAUAUGCGCAUGACAGGCUCGGCGGGGAACCGAAUGGCGGUAGCGACGAUGACGACGACAUGAACGAGACGAUGCGGCUAGACAAGCUGCGGCGACGCAUCACGCCGCUACUGGCGACGGCGGCCAUGGUGAAGCGCCUCGUCACUCGUCAAGUGAUGCCGCUACAUCGCGUCCGCAACUCGCGCAUCAUCGUCGACGCGCACGCGCUAUUUCAACUCGUAGCGGGGCCGGAGUCCGCAGCGGCGUUUGAUGUGCUCUUUGGUCAGCAGGACAACAUGAUGCGGGUGCCGUUGUGCGUGCACACGCUCGUCACGGAGGCGGCGGCGUACCGGAGCGACUCCGAGUCCCUCAGCCAGUCGAUGUCACCGCAUCAGCCAGUGGAGGGGCCACACAGCAGUCACGGCGAUGCCUUCGUAGGCUACGACACCCACAGAGGAGACUUAGGUGGGGUGAGGCGCGAACCGUUCGAUGCCCAGCUGCUCGCAGCUUCCCACGCGGCAGCCGAGGCUCUUGCAGUGAUGGAGCGGGCGAAGCAGGACUUCAUUCUCGACGUGCAGCGACCGGAGCAAACGUGCGCGCUGCCGGCGGCGGACCCUGGCUGGCUGCGGUUUACAGUGACGUUGCCGCUGCUCCGCCAUCGACAGGCGAGGGCCCGAACGAAGGGUGGGGCGGGUGUCGAUGCUGCGAGUGACGCGGGCGGUGCGUGCCACGAGGUGGACUUCAUCCUCAACCGCGACCCCCGCGAGAUUCUCCACCACCGCGCCAUCCUCGAGUAUGCCAUGUACUUGCAGGCCUCCUUCGGCGAAGGUGUCGUCAUCUGCACGGACUCUGUCCUACUGGCCGCGUACGCUCUUGCAUGGCGGCUGCGCGUCGCGUCGAUGGACUACUUGUGCGGCGAUAACAGCGGUGCCGAUGGCGUGGCUGCUUGA